ACCCAGUCAUCUGGUCUGCGCGCGAACCCCGACACACAGCCUGCUACGUUCCCGGAAAUCCAUCCAUCCAUCCAUCCAUCCAUCCAUCCAUCCAUCCAUCCAUCCAUCCAUCCAUCCAUCCAUCGUCCAGGGUCCCUACUGUGUGCCACGCUCUGGGCUGGGUACCCAACCCUCCUACAGUCCAGAGCUCCUCUUUCUCUUUCCCCUGCCCCUGGUGGGUGCGGCUAGUGCGGAAAUUCGCUCCCUAAAGGUCCAGAAAGCUCAAGCCCAGACAGAACCAGCGCGAUCCGCGCCGCCAGAGGCGGCAGGUCUUGGACUGCCCGGGAGCGCGCGUCUCCGCGGCCGCGCGGGGUCCCCCUGUCUGGCGCUCAGGUGACUUCGCCGCCCACUCCGCCGCUCUCUUCCCCUCCCCUCUCCUGCAAGGGUCGAGUUCGGCUGUUGCGCGCGGGGAAAGGAAGGAGGGGCUAGGAGGGAUUUGAAAGUGCUCGGGCUGCCGAGUGGAGCUCGCGUCUGUCCCCGCCGCCCGCGAGCGGAUUAAAUUUCUGCAAAUUCAAACUGAAUGAGGCUUUCUUCUGCUGCCUUCCAGAGGGCGCCUGCAGCCCGCCGCGCGCUUCUCUCCGGCGGGAGCGGCCCCGGGGCGCACCGCUGACGACCCGGCGGGCUAGAGGGCGGCGGCGCCUGGGCUUGGGGGACCCCGCUACCCGACCUCGCUCCUCUCGGACCAGCAGCUGCUCGCUCCAGCACCCGAGCAGGGCACCCGACGGGACGGCGGACGCGAUCUGAGCGACCGAUCCUCCGAGGACGAACUUCUCGGGGGCGGGUCCCCGGUCGCCCCGUCGCCAGCUAUUGUCUGCGCGCCGCGCUCGCACGGAGGCGCGGGGGGCGUAAGCGCGGAGACCCGGCCGGGCGGGGCCGGGUCCAGGGCGGCGGCAGGAGGAGCCGGGGCAGCCCGGGGAGCCGGAGGAGGAGCAGCGGCUGCGAGCGCGGGAGCCGAGCGGGCGCGAUGCCGGCAGCGGCGGGGGACGGGCUCCUGGGCGAGCCGGCGGCUCCCGGGGGCGACGGGGGCGCGGAGGACGCAGCCAGGCCGGCGGCGGCCUGCGAGGGAAGUUUCCUGCCCGCCUGGGUGAGCGGCGUGUCCCGCGAGCGGCUCCGGGACUUCCAGCACCACAAGCGCGUGGGCAACUACCUCAUCGGCAGCAGGAAGCUGGGCGAGGGCUCCUUCGCCAAGGUGCGCGAGGGGCUGCACGUGCUGACCGGGGAGAAGGUGGCCAUCAAGGUCAUCGAUAAGAAGAGAGCCAAAAAGGACACCUACGUCACCAAGAACCUGCCGGAGGGCCAGAUCCAGCAGAUGAUCCGCCACCCCAACAUCACGCAGCUCCUGGACAUCUUAGAGACGGAAAACAGCUACUACCUGGUCAUGGAGCUGUGCCCCGGGGGGAACCUCAUGCACAAGAUCUAUGAGAAGAAGCGCCUGGAGGAGGGGGAAGCCCGCCGGUACAUCCGGCAGCUCAUCUCUGCCGUGGAGCACCUGCACCGGGCUGGCGUGGUCCACAGAGACUUGAAGAUAGAAAAUUUGCUGCUAGAUGAAGACAAUAACAUCAAGCUGAUUGACUUUGGUUUGAGCAACUGCGCAGGGAUCCUGGGUUAUUCGGACCCAUUCAGCACACAGUGUGGCAGCCCCGCCUACGCUGCCCCGGAACUGCUCGCCAGGAAGAAAUACGGCCCCAAAAUUGAUGUCUGGUCAAUAGGCGUGAACAUGUACGCUAUGUUGACCGGGACCCUGCCUUUCACGGUGGAACCUUUCAGCCUGAGGGCUCUGUACCAGAAGAUGGUGGACAAAGAAAUGAACCCCCUCCCCACCCAGCUCUCCACAGGUAAUGUACCUGCUGCUCUGGAUUCAAGUUGGGGCACCUGUGCUUUGACAGGUUUGGACCAUUUUGGAAGUGGUUGUUUGAGGUGGAGAGGUGACUGGGUCUCUGUGUCUACCCCUCCCAGGAUUUCUCUAGAAGACCUGAGCCCCAGUGUGGUGCUGCACAUGACUGAAAAGCUGGGCUACAAGAACAGUGACGUCAUCAACACGGUGCUCUCCAAUCGCGCCUGCCACAUCUUGGCCAUCUACUUCCUGUUAAACAAGAAACUCGAGCGCUAUUUGUCAGGGAAAUCUGACAUCCAAGAUAGCAUCAGCUACAAGACCCAGCUCUACCAGAUGGAGAAGUGCAGAGCCGCCAGGGAGCCCUACGAGGCCUCCCUGGACACCUGGACAAAAGACUUUGAAUUCCAUGCUGUGCAGGAUAAAAAGCCCAAAGAACAAGAAAAGAGGGGUGAUUUUCUCCAUCGUCCAUUUUCCAAGAAGUUGGACAAGAGCCUGCCCUCCCACAAACAGCCCUCAGCCUCACUCAUCACGCAGAUUCAGAACACCAAAGCCCUGCUCAAAGACCGGAAGACGUCCAAGGCAGGCUUUCCCGACAAAGAUUCCUUCGGCUGCCGCAAUCUUUUCCGCAAAACCUCCGAUUCCAAUUGUGUGGCUUCUUCUUCCAUGGAGUUCAUCCCUGUCCCACCUCCCAGGACGCCCAGGAUUGUAAAGAAACUAGAGCCACACCAGCCAGGGCCAGGAAGUGCCAGCAUCCUCCCCAAGGAAGAGCCGCUGCUGCUGGAUAUGGUACGCUCCUUUGAGUCUGUGGAUCGCGAGGACCACAUAGAACUGCUGUCCCCUUCCCACCACUAUAGGAUCCUGAACUCCCCCGGGGGCUUGGCUCGGAGGAAUUCUAGUGAGCGGACACUCUCUCCGGGGCUGCUGUCUGGAAGCACAUCACCUCUCCAAACUCCACUGCAUUCCACGCUGGUUUCUUUCAGUCAUGAAGAUAAGAACAGCUCCCCAAAAGAGGAGGGCGUGUGUUCCCCUCCUCCGGUUCCCAGCAAUGGCCUCACACAGCCUCUGGGGAGCCCCAACUGUGUGAAAAGCAGGGGAAGGUUUCCCAUGAUGGGCAUUGGACAGAUGCUGAGGAAGCGGCACCAGAGCCUGCAGCCUUCCUCAGAGAGGUCCCUGGAGGCCAGCAUGUCCCCGCUGCAGCCCACGGCCCCCUCUAGCCUCUCCUUUGACCUGGCUGAUGGUGUAAAGGGCCAGUGUUAACCCAGGACGGCAAGAUUCUGGGUCUCCGUGAGGACGGCAAUGGAACAGCGCUCCACACAUACAUCAGGGCAUGAGCAGUCAACCUCACAAGAGCAUCCUUUAUUCCUUCCACACAAUGUUCCAAGCUCAGAUCAGCCACAAUCCACAGACUCAAAGCCCACACACCAAGUCUCACUUAGGAACCCUACGAGAUGCUGAGAAUCAGGGGGCACUGGUUGUAGGAGCCACCCAUUCCAGUCCGAGACCCUCUUUCCUACAACCCCUCAUCCAGUCCUCUCCAGUAUCCCCCGGCUGGGCUGAGCUGAAAACCACACCCCCAUCUGUGGGACCACGCGGAUUUCCAGAUCGGUACCCAGCCUUCCUUCCCGCCUCCGCUCCAUGUGUGCCUCUCACAGACUGCACUGUUCAGUGGCCAGUCAUAGUCUCACAGGGACCAAUGCCACUGCAAGGACGUUCACCCAGCCUGGGGAUUCCUCCCGAGGGGAGCAACCCUUCGUACCCUACCGGUGAGUCCCUGUGGGAGAGCAGAAUUGGUGAGGCACAGUGCCAGACCCCAGGAACCCCAGAGGAAGAUGGGAUAGAGCCUCAGACAAAGAUGGAACCCCACCGUGAGAGCCCAGAUGGAAGAUGAAGACUGAAAACACUCAUUCCCAUGCAAUGUUUUCACAAAUGGUCUUUUCUGCCUUUAUUUUAACUUUUUUUUUUUAAUUGAAACUUGCUAAGAUUGAAUGAACUUGUCCAAAGAAAUCUUUCUUUAUAUGAUGCUAUUAAAUUAAAGUAACUCUUUUUUUUCUUUCUUUUCUUUUUUUUUUCUUUUUUCUUUGAGUCAGGGUCUCAUUGAGUAGCCCAGGUUGACUUCAAACUCAUCAUCCUCCUGCCUCAGCUUCCAGAGUGCUGGGAUUGCAAGUGUAUGCCCCUUUGUCUGGCUCAAAAUAACAAUUUUUAAAAGCCUAGGUGGCCAGAUGGGAAGUACUUCGACCAAAUUCAUGUUUUUCUGCGAGGCUGCCGCUCAGAUGGCCAGAAAGCUGGUCUGGGUGCCGAUGGUAGCAGCAUUAGACCCUGGUGGCCAGCAUGAGGGACAACAGCCUAGCCAUCCUGUGUUUAUACUGUGGCAGCAGCUGAAGGCAUAGAACAUAGCUCCAGAAGGUUCUGGAGAAAGAGAGAAGGGAUUCUUAAGGCAGAAUUGAGAUGCAAGAAGGAGGCAUUUGCUGUACAUCCUUCUGCUGUGGUUAGAGCUUAGCUGUGCUGGGGGCUGGGAACAGGCUUGCCCACUGGGAGCAUGUCCGUGGACAGUUUCAUCCCCAAAGAAAGCAGUGUCCUCCACCUUAUAGUCUGCACCUUCCCCCUCCAGGAUUGAACCAAAGAUGCAUUUCUGGUUUUGUGACUGUGACACCCCUUGUGUCUUUUGUGGAAUCUGGUGUUGUCUGAUUAUGUCCAGCUGGCUCUUGACAAGGGACUGGCUCUGUGUGGAUCCUGGACCCUGGUACUUAGCAGGGGACUGCCCAGUCAUGAGCAGCAUUGUAAGGACGGGAAGAAUCGGUACAAGUUGGGUCACAGUUGGUUUAGAAGAUGAGUUAUGGAAGAGCCCAGAACCUUCGAUUUUUUGGCUAUUUCAGAUGUAAUCAGAGACCACACCUGUAGCCGUGAAGCCAGAUUCAUUAUCUUGGUCCAUUGAUUCUGAAGUGAGCUAAUUUCAUUAAAAUCACGAAGCCAGCCUUUGCCAGUGAGGGAUGAGACAGCGUCACCGUCUCUCAUUUACCAAUGGUGGCAUCCUUCGGCCUCUCACAGCUCUGACCUGGCAAGAAGAGAACACACAUUUGGACGACCCUGGAAGCAAGAUGCUCUAGUCUUGGCUGAACUUGGAAAGACCUGGGCUGCUUAAUCCUAGGGAGGGACUCACCCCUCCCUAGGGCCCUUUAGGAGGAGGCCAGUCUCCUCCCAGCAGCCAGUGCUGUUUUUCAGCAUGGCUUCUGCUCAGCUUCCAGGACUUAACAUUGAAAACAGAACUCUCUAAGCAGAGGGAAGAGAAGAAUCAUCUACAGACGCUGUAUUGGCGCAAUGUGUUUUGAGUUUUGAUGGGUGAAGAAUCCUUUUUGAAAGAUGACUGCCAACUGUAACCCUUUGGCUCUGCAAGUUGGUAGGAUGUAUACCUGUGUACCCUGCCCCUUUUUUCAUAGCCCCUUAUGUCUUUUUCUGGCGGUAUGCUUUCCUCGUGUGUGUGUGUGUGUGUGUGUGUGUGUGUGUGUGUGUGUGUGUGUGUGUGUGUUGGUGUUAGCUCAUGGAGAAAGUGUUUCCCAUUCUUGGAACGCUUCGAGAAUGGUGUCAGAAGCACCCCCAGCUGCCCGUGUUGCUGCUGGUAACCGACUCGGAACUCAGGUGUGUAGUGAACCCAGCGGGAGGCAAAGGGGAGCAAGGAGGGGAGACUUAGCUGUGUUUGGGGGUGUGCAUGCACCUGACAGACAACUCUGUGAAACCAAGGGGAAGAAGAAAUGUUAAAUUCUUGUUUUAUUAUAUUUAUAUGGAAAACUUGACUAUCCUUUCGUUAGGUAUGGAGUGUCGUCUGUUUGACCCAUGACUGUCCUUCAUGAGUCUUUGCCUGUGAUAUAUUUCAGUCAGCCUGUGGCUACUGAUGAGAAGGACCGAACUGUCAUUGUGUGAAGUCCAGGAGGAAGAGUCCAUUUUAGUCGUACGGUUUGGUCAUAAGUAAGGACUAUAUUUAUGUCACCAUGAUUGAAUAUAUGUACUUUUAUAAUGGCUGUGAAAUACACUUUUUCCUCACUAUG